AUGGCAACAACUAGAUCAACCAAAUCAAAACGUGGAAUCGAGAAACCUAGCAUCAACGGAGGCAAGUCCGACCUAGGCCUUAGCCCACAACUGGAUACGAGCGGUCCUGAAUCAGCAACGGCAACUGCGACACCGGGAACGCCUUCGACUCAACAAGAGCUGGGCCCGCUACACAAUCUCCUGUCGGACGAUCCCCAAUUGAUCGCCAUCGUUGCAACGAGCAUCAGCAACCACAUAUUAUCAUCUCCUGAACUGUUCCAAAAAAUCGUUAAAGCUAAACGUAUUAUCGAUCAGGUUAGUGAUCAUGUUUAUGAAAGCGUUGCCUAUGACAACGAGUCAACUGCGGGCGACAUUGCCAGCCUUCGUGAUCAAAAUCACAAGCUCCUAGCCGAAAAUCGCGAUAUCGUGGACAAGCUAGAUGAACUAGAACAAUACAGUAGGCGUAACUGCCUGCUUCUUCAAGGUGUUCCAGAGUCCAAUAACGAAAACACGGACUCUUUGGCUCUUGAUGUUAUUAAUUCCAGGAUUAAUAGUGAGGUUGAUCUGUGUGAUUUUGAUCGCACCCACCGAUUAGGCAGAAGAAAAGUUUUUGAAAAUAAACCUAAACCAAGACCCAUCAUCGUCAAAUUCACCUCUUACCGUACCCGCUCAGCAGUCUUUCGUAACAAAAAAUCUCUUAAGCAUUCUGGUUUCUCAAUUACUGAGAAUCUUACAUCUAGAAGAUUAAAGCUCCUACAUGAAGCACUAAGAAGCGAGACUGUAUGGUCUAUGAAUGGGAGGAUUUACUGCGUGACGAAGAAGAGCAUGAAGAAAGUCGUUAUCAAGUCCGAAUCCGAACUCCGUCAUCUCUGA